AUGCCGGGUAAAAUAUACGCGCGUGGCUUCGUCGUCGACAUGGAUGCCCUGAGAAGGUACCUCAACGCCUUCAACUUCAGCAAAUACGAUCUUCCCCCGCUCCAGCCUACAGACCCCAACCCAGAGCGCCGUGUGGGCGCCUACUACACAAGAAUGGAGCGCGUUCAGAGCGAGGCACUACGCAAGGGAAUACAGCUCGAGUUCUUGUACUGGUUUGUCGCGCAAUCUAGAGAAACGGGCGACUUCAGGACGUACUUCUUCAUACCGACAGGUCGGACCUGCGAGAAAGCCGUCCGAGAAUGCUGGCCGUUGUUUGACAAGGACAAGAAACGUCUUCGGCAUUUCCUCACGACUGCCAAAAGUCUUCUCCCCGAGGACAAGCAAGAGACGUGUGCGCUCAAGAGGGAAGAUCUCCGAUGGAGGGCUGUUUCCGAGACGGCUCUGUUUCCGAAUUUGCAUCCUAUGGUGAAUGUCGACUAGUAGCCCUCUCGUUCUAUUCGAUGGUAUCUGGUCAUUGCUGGUCGUCUGACCAAUGUAUAACAAUAUGUGGAAUGACAUUUGACAACUAAUCUUGAUAAAUGGAACGCGCGGAGUAGAUGCCCUUUCCAUUAGGUGGGGUCCGAGGGGCUGUUGAGGAGCUCGUUUCCAAUAAAGUGUCGAAGUACCUCUUAAGUGC